AUGUCGAGCGCAUCACCACCCACUCACCAUAGCAUUUAUUUAUCCGGGAACUUCAAAAUUGAAAAAAAGAUUUCCCCAAUCACGCCUGCCAGCGGUGACCCUGAGUAUACUACGUUCGUGGUCUCGAUCGGUUGCCGAGGAACUGACCGUGACGCCAGAUUGUUGUACGAGAUUCGCGCUACUGGGCUUUCCACCGAUGAACACAAACUGUUUCAAGAUCACACCUACUUCCUUCGGGGCUCUUUUUUCCCCACAAACCUACCUGGAACAGAAAAUGACCAAUUGGUUUUUGAGGGCACUGAUGCCACGAUGGUGGCCUCUAUUGAUAACUUUGAAGCCGAUUCAGUUGAUACGAUUGGAAUCUCUGGAUUAGGUAUUGUUGUCGAUAUUGGCUACAUUGUUGAAAGAUGUUGUCAGUAUUUGAAGAAGACGGGGCAAGAUGCCGAUUUACAGACCGCAGUGGUAACAUUACAACAUUGCAAAGUUAACCCAAUUGAUAAAUCGACACAUAUGUGUAAGGUCGAGUAUCUCAUCCGCCCCACGCCAAACCUUGCUCGCAUCGCUACAUUUCUCAAAAAUGGGCGUGAAUGCAUGAUACAUGGGUUUAUCAAGGACUAUAAUGUCCAAACGAAUUCAUACGUAGUUGUAGCGAACAAGUUGUACAUGACAAGUGGGUUUCAAGAUGUAUCACCUCAAGCUAAGGGCAAGUUGGUUACUAACGGAGGGGCCUCAAAGAAGCCCUCAAAGUUUGUAUCAAGGCCUGUAUCAUCACCUUUUGUAUCACCCAUCCCUGGGUCAAUCGGAUCAGGAAACAUAGCUUCCGGAUCUAGCCACCUCCCCAGGUCUGUGGCAAACUCAGGCACGCCAUCUUCGCCUGCUUUGUCUCUGCCAUCAACGUCCACCAGUUUCCCCGACUCAGUGCGAGUAUCCGACGAACCUCCUAAGAAGAGAUCCCGUGCUCCGCCCAGAAGCAAAGCAUAUGAUUCCUGUUCACUCAGCAAACGACAUGCAUGCGACUUAGCUAUAACAUGUUCCUCACUUUCUAUGUCUUAUGGGUUUCGUGAUGUGCACCACGCUAAUUUGCUUUAA